AUGGUCAAAAUCUACAAGCCCGGAAAGGUCGCGGUGGUUCUCUCUGGCCGUCAGGCAGGGAAGAAGGUGGUUGUCAUCCAGCAGCGUGAUGAGGGAACCAAGGAGCGUCCCUACCCCCACGCCAUCGUCGCUGGCAUUGAGCGAUACCCCCUGAAAGUGACCAAGUCGAUGGGCAAGAAGAAGGUGGCCCGCCGGUCAAAGGUCAAGCCUUUCAUCAAAGUCAUCAACUACGCCCACCUCCUCCCCACCCGUUACCAGCUCGAGCUCGAGUCCCUGAAGGGAUCGGUCACCAACGACACUUUCAAGGAGCCCACACAGCGCGAGGAGAGCAAGAAGGCGAUCAAGAAGGCAUUGGAGGAGCGGUACGCAAAGGGACAGAACAGGUGGUUCUUCUCCAAGCUUAGGUUCUAG